AUGGAAGAAGAUUAUAAAUUUGGUGACGAAAAAGAAAAUAAUGAUGGCCUUAGUGGCUUACUAAAGCACUUUGAUGCUAAAAAUGGAGAAUCUAAUCAAAUUACAGAAAAUGAUGUUUCCAUUUUGUUGGGAUUAGUUUCUCAAUUGCAACAAUCAAUUUCAGACGGUGACAUUACUGCAAUAACAUCAAUUUUAGAUGAAUUUAAUCAAGCUCUCGUUUAUAAUCCAGAAAAAGUAGCCAAAAUCCUCGAUUUCGAUGAAUUUUACAGCGAAAUUGCAAAAUCACUUGUUACACUCACUGGUACUGAAGAUGUUCUUCAAAUUUUUAGAUUAUCUUACAAUAUAUUGAUUUCACUUCCAAAUAGACAAGAAUUUUUCAGUAGUAUAUUCGAAUCUGCAAUAAAUGAAUGCCAAAAUACUGAAAUUACUGAAAUUUACUCUUGGUGUUCAAAAUUAAUUUUUGCUUUUAUUUCGAACGUAGAAGAUAACCAAGAUAACUUAGAUGUGCUCGAAAUACGAAAUGCUGCAAUACAAUGCUUAGAUUUCUCAGAAGAAGAGAUCGAAAACGGUUCAAAAAUUUAUGAAUACAUAAUCAAACAUUGUAAUCCAAAGAUUCUCAAGUACAUGAUGUUUAAAGAUUUUAGAGAUUUCAUUCUCCACGAAAAUCUUUCUCAAACAGCGAUGUUGAGAAUAUUAAAUGCAAUUAUUAUGUAUUUAAGCAAUUACCCAGAUGGACUACAAGAAUUUGAUAGAAAUAAUUUGUUUCCUGUAAUCCGUGAUCGCUUUUUGGAUACAAAAUCUCAAGAAGGAGAAUUUGAGUGCGAUAUCAUAUUAUUGCAAUCAUAUUUAAGACUUGUAGACAAUCUCAUUAAUAUAAGUGAUGGAAAUACAGGAAGAAUGUAUUAUGAACUCGCUGAUUUACCACAAUUUAAUUAUUUCUUCACAGAAUAUGAUGAAAGUAAGGAAGGAAUAAUCGGAAUAUUGUUACAGAUUCACAGUAGAGCAAUUAAUAAUAUGAAAUCUGAUAGAAAUUUCAGUCAACAAGUUUUAUCAAAUAUUCCACUUGAAGACAUCAUGAAUAUUCAAGGAUUGUUUACCAUGAAGUGUAUAAUUGUUAAAUUUAUAUCAGUUUACGCUAGAAAUUUCCAACAACUCGUUGAGCCUCAAAAUUUUUAUAAUUUUCUUUUAGAAUAUUCAGAGUUCCUUGAAGAAGUCGAUUGCGAAACUGACCAUCUUAUUUCCUACCUCACAAUUCUUCACAUUGUUCUGAAUAAUUUGCAAAAAGAUGAGUUCAGAGAGACAUAUAUCAAUGAUCUUGUUGAAAAUGGCAUCUAUGAAAAGCUUAUGGAUUUAUAUUACGAUGCCUCUGACUCUGUUGUUGAAUACGUCGGAAUUGUUUUGAAAUAUUUCCCUGAAGAAGAUGAAGAAGACAAACCAUAG